GUACGAUCCUCACCAAAGAAGCCAGAAAAAAGGUUCUAGACGGGUCGGAAACAUUUGCCACUGUUUGGCAAAACACAAAAAUUCCAUGGGUUUUAGAUUUUCGGAGGUCUAAGUUUCUGCAAAGUUUACAGACCUUCUUCAAAUUCGUAACUCCCAUCACUCAAAACUCACUUACGUCCCCCAUUGUCAAUUUCAAUCAGGGGUUCCCCCAAGCAUAUUUGUGACGUAAGUGUAUUUCUUGUUGGUUCUUUCAGUUUGCAACCUUGGGCUUUUAGCUGAUCGACACGAUGGCUAACAAUCCUCAAUAUUCUGGUGGACCGGGUCCGCCUCUCCGUCCCCCUAUGGUUGGUUCAGUUGGCCCCCCUCAGAAUAUUCCUCCACCAAUGCCUACUCAGUUCCGGUCUGUUGCUUCAAUGCAUCCAUCUCAGCAAUUUGCUCCUCCAUCAACUCAACAAUAUCAUUCUAUUGGCCCUGGUAUUCCUGGGAUGAAUAUGGGAAUGCCUCCAUCACAAAACCAGCAAAUGCAAUUUGCUCAACCAUUACAACAAGUGCCUGCAAGACCUAUCCCGCCAGGUCAUAUUCCUUCAAUGUCACAGUCUGUGCCAUUGUCCAACAUUCAGUUAAACAGGCCAAUGUCUUCUGGAUUGCCCCAACCCAUGCAAAAUCUGCAGCCUCCAAAUAAUUUUCCGUCUGCUUCUGGCGGUCCAGGAAUGGCUCCUCUUCCAGCUUACGCUACAAAUCCGUACCCUACAUCUCAAUAUCAGCCAGUAUCUCAAAUGAAUUUUCAAAGCAAUUCUAUUUCUGGGCAACCUUUAUCAGCUUCUGGAAACCAGGAUGCUGCCACAUUCACACCGCUGCAGCAAAGUGGGCAGCCUCUACCAUCUAUAACCAUAAAUUCAGUAGUUGAUUCUCAACCCAAGCCUGCAGAAAAAUCUUCUUCGGACUGGUUGGAGCACACUAAUAAUGGAAGGAGAUUUUACUACAACAAGAAGACAAGGCAGUCUACGUGGGAGAAACCUUUUGAACUGAUGACUCCGAUCGAGAGGGCUGAUGCGACUACUGAUUGGAAGGAGUAUAUGGGCCCUGAUGGAAGAAAGUACUUUUAUAACAAAGUUACCAAACAGUCUAAGUGGGUGAUUCCUGAAGAGCUUAAGUUGGCCAGGGAGCACGUAGAAAAGGCUUCUUACGCAGUAGAAGUUACUGGAAGCUCUUCUGUAUCCACCUCUCAAGCUGGUGUUAAAACACCUAGCAAUGUGGAUACUAAUUCUUGCCUUCCUGCUAUACAUUCAAGUCCAGCUAGAGUGACGCCUGUGGCUGUGGUUGGUGUUGCUCAGUCACCAACUGUAUCAUCUCCUGGUUUAGCUUCGUUGCCUCUUAAGGAUCCCGAGGUACAGAAGGAUGCUUUGUCUACCGUUGAUGUCAGUGAGACUGUCCCUGUAACUGCUGAUGAGCAAGCAGCUUCUUCCGACCCUACACCUUUGCCAAUAAACGAAUCCAAUGUGAUCCCAACCGAGGAAGCUGUGGAGUCUUUGCAGAAUGUUCAGGCGAACGAAGCCGAGGAAGAUAAUAAAAGCACAGAUAUUAUUGGAAAGACGAGUGUUACGACCUUAGAAGACAAAUUGGUUGAGCCUGAAACUCUAACUUAUGCUAGCAAACAGGAGGCAAAAGAUGCAUUUAAAGCUCUUCUCGAAUCUGCAAAUGUUGAAUCAGACUGGACUUGGGAGCAGGCUAUGAGGUUAAUUAUUAAUGACAAAAGAUAUGCAGCUCUUAGAUCACUUGGAGAAAGGAAGCAAGCUUUUAAUGAGUACUUGACUCAAAAAAGAAAACACGAAGCUGAGGAAAGGCGUGUGAAGCACAGAAAAGCAAGGGAGGAUUUCAGGAAGAUGUUAGAAGAAUGCAGUGAGCUGACGUCAACGACAAGAUGGAGCAAAGUGUUACAUUUGGUUGGUAAUGAUGAACGUUUCAAAGCCAUUGAGCGAGGGAGAGAUCGCGAGGAUAUGUUUGAAGAAUAUGUGGUUGAAUUAGAAAAGAAGGAAUACACAAAGCAAGAAGAAGAACGGCAACUUAAUAUAAUGGAGUACAGGAAGUUUCUGGAAUCAUGUGACUUUAUCAAGGCAAAUAGUCAAUGGAGGAAAGUGAAAGACCGCUUGGAGGGUGAUCUAAGAUGUUCUCAGCUUGACACAAUGGAUCAAUUGAAAAUUUUCCAGGAAUAUGUUGGCGAUUUGGAGAAGGAAGAGGAGGAGCAAAAAAGAAAACAGAAGGAGGAAAUUAGAAAAUCUGAACGGAAAAACCGUGACGAAUUCCGGAAGUUGAUGGAAGGACAUGUCUCUGAUGGCACCCUCAGCGCCAAGGCACUUUGGCGGGAGUACCACUCAAAGGUUAAAGAUUCACUUGUAUACGUUGCAGUCUCAUCCAAUAACUCAGGUUCCACUCCCAAAGAGCUGUUUGAAGAUGUACUUGAAGAGCUAAAGAAGCAGUAUGAAGAAGAUAGAAUACGGAUUAAGGAUGCUGUGAAGUCUGGAAAGGUUGCCUUAUCUUCCACUUGGACUCUUGAAGAUUUCAAGGCUGCGAUAGAGGACGAGAUCAGCUCCCCGGCCGUGUCAGAGAACAACUUAAAGCUAGUUUUUGAUGAGUUACUUGAAAGAGUCAAAGAAAAAGAAGAAAAAGAGGCAAAAAGGCAAAAGCGUCUUGGAGAUGAAUUCUUUAACUUGUUAUGUUCACUCAAGGAUAUAACCGUGGAUUCAAGUUGGGAGGACUGUCUACCACUAUUUGAAGCUCGAGAUGAGUUUAGGUCUAUAGAGGAAGAAGCUUUCUCUAGGCAAAUUUUUGAGGAGUAUCUUGAUCAGUUGAAGGCAAAGGAGGAGAAAGAUCGAAAAAGAAAAGAAGAAAAGGCGAAGAGAGAGAAGGAAAGAGAAAGAGAUAAAAGGUCUAGGGACAAAAGGGAAAAAGAUAGGAGGCGUGACAGAGAUAGAGGAAAGGACCGAAGUGGAAGGGACGAGGGGGAUGCUGAACUUGAUAUUGAUGAUGUUUCGGUAUCAAGUCAGGGCAGAAAAUCAGGAAGGGACAAGGAUAAGAAGCACCGUAAGCGCCAUCAAGAUGAUGAAAAUGAUUCAGGUUUGGAUAAAAAUGGAAAAGAUCAUUCUAGAAGCUCUCAUAGGCACAGCAGUGAGCGUAAGAAGUCGAGAGAACAACACACAGAGUCUGACAGUGAAAGCAAGCAUAAGAAACCGAAGAGAGAGCAACGUAAUGGUUCUCGUAGAAAAGGAGACAACGAGGAGCUGGAAGACGGGGAGCUGGGUAACUGGUGAUCAGUGAGUGAGGCAUGUAUGUUGUAGCAGUAUACAAGGAAUCAAACAUUAUCAGGAAGGUAUCUUUAUUUUAUGAUUAGGUUUAGGCAGUAUUUUGGAUGACUUCCAUCAUUUUCCUUUUUAGAAUAUGAGUAUUGAGUUUGGCUUGCAAGAUGUAUGAAAAUAGUAUUGAACAAGAAAAAUUAUAUGUUGGCUAAUUGAUUCUAAUAUCAGGGUCAAAUUUUGUUAGGUCAUAGUUUUAAAUGUUUAAUCCCAGAAUUUUUGCCUCUUUGUCUA